AUUAUACUGUACAUAUCAUUUAUUGACUUGGUUCAUUUUCAUUGCAAAAAAAGUGGGCCUUCUGUUUUUGUAGAACGAGCAAUGUCAGGUUUGUUUGUUGCAAAGAUGAAAAGAGGAAGGAACUUACUCGGUGUUGAGUAAGCGGAAUUCACCCAUUUCCAUCGCCUUGUGCCAACAAUCAUGAGAUCGUCGAGUGUUGGUCCGCAGACAUGGUGCCGUUGUUUUGGAUUUCUCUGGUUUGGCUCACCUGCCUGCCACCAAAAGGUGCGGCGGAACCCCACGGCUGCUUGUCACAGCCGAACCGGGUCAUCUGGCGCGAACCGGGACAAGACGCCGAGAUCCAGUGCGGCGUGCGACCCGGCUGCUCGGCGCGAGGCCUCCACUACGAGUGGUUCGCUUUCGAGCGCAGGACGCACGGCCGUGUCAACCUGGCGCAGGGCCGCCACAAGUACAGCCUACAGGGCGCCGCUUUGCAAAUUGUGGCCCUGAACGCCAACGACAGCGGGGUUUACUACUGUGCCGCCACGUCCCGGGGGGAACCGGCGGCGGGGGCUCAGCACGUCGGCCUGGGCACGACUCUUGUUGUCAAAGAAAAGACCAAGUUGAUGGUGGGUCACGUUCUGAUGUGGUUAACGUUCGUGGUCUUGGCCUUCUACAGCUCGGCGACGCUGACGCUGAUCAUUCAAAAGAAGUUCGGCCUCAAUAUAUGCAACUGCAGACGAACGCACAAAGGCCACGAGAAAAGCACGAACAAAACGAGAAUAUUCCGCGACGUGCUGCAAGAGAUGCACCACCGACGCGAGGUGAAGAGAAGCAAACAGACGGCGAGGAGAAACCCGGUUCCGGUUGAGGUAUGGCGCGGAUCCGAGUUCUGCUCGUCCCUGACGCGGGCUUCAGCCAUAUUUGUGUGUGUGUGUGCGCGCAGGUGCCCGCCGCCGAGCUAAACGUCACGCAUGACGACAUCUACCAAAAUGUGUAAGCCGCGCGUUGGACGACGCCCUGCGCUGAACUUUUGCACAGAACUGGAACCGAAAACCAGAUUGAAGGACUGAGCGAGGUCAAACAAAUUUGCAAAUGUGGCUUGGAAGAAGGCGGACACACUUUUUAUGUUUUUUCCCAUCAUACACGGGGACUCCUCAUGCUAUUUUCUUCUUCGAGGGCCAAUUCUGUAAAAUAAGCGGCGAAACGGCGGCCUGUGAGCGCGUUUGGAAAAAACAAACCUCACGCAACAGUUUCGUGUGGAUUUAACAUAAUCAUGCUCAUUAUAUUACAAUAAACAUUCUUCCAUGUAGUAAGGCCCAACUAUUGCCCAAGAGACCAAAAGAUAAUUACUUUGCCGAGAAUCGUCAAAUGUAGCGUAAAAUGCCAGAGAUUCCAUAACGGUAAACAUUCAUAGUUUUUGUGAUCAUAAAAGCUGCUCAUUUCGAUUCACUCGACAUCCAGGGCGCUUGUUGGUGUCGGAAGGCAAACAAAAAAGAUCAAAACAAACUUCACGUGCGAAACUUCUUACGAGGCACCCAUGCGAGUGUGACGCGUGCCCGUGCGUGCAGGCAGCACCGACGGGAAAGAUGUGAAGAGUCACCAAUUUUUUUAAUAAAAGACUACAAACACAAGUUGUGCUUGUCGUAUGCUCAAGACAGUUGAUCAUUAUACACGGAAAACACGAGAUCCAAACUGGAGUGCAGUCAAAGUCUUACUAGCCCACGGCAACCACGUGGAAAAAUAACACCACUAUUUACUUGCAUUCCUUACAAAAAGUCAACUUUUGUUUUUUUUUGUUUUUUUUUUUUGAUACGUGAAGUAUAUGGGGGGCAAGAAUUCAAAUUUACGUGAUGACCAUUCUUGAGUAAUGUGCAGACGUUACGUUAAAUGGAACCGUCCCAAGCCCUCCCCCCCAGAAUCCGGAUGGUACGAUCCGUUUGCCCAAUGUCAGCAAGGGGCCAACUACCGUAAUUCCCGGCCUACAGAGCGCACCUGGUUAUUAGCCUCACCCGGUACAUUUGUAAAGGAAAUAUCAUUUGGUACACACGUACGCUGCAUCUGUGUAAAAGCGCCAAGUCCCCACAUUGAAACACGCGAUAGUAACAAAGAAAGAGGGUACACAGAGAGUUUAACGCUAGUGCCGCCACGCUAACGCUAGCGCCGCACUUACACUAGCACCUGGCUAAUAGGGCUAGUUUAAAAAAAAAAAAAAAGACGGUAAAAAUCACUGCGACACAGCAGUAACACGCUAGCGCAGCGCUAACAUGAACAGACCAGUAAAAGUCACUUCCUCAGUACAUAUCCCACCGGUCUUUGUCUUACCGAUUCCGCUCGAAUGCCCCCUUCCAGCCUUUAGAAAAAAAAUGCACAAAUUCGCCGCAUCACCGUAUAAACCGCAAAGUUGAAAGCGUGUGAAAAAAGUCGCGGCUUAUGGGCCGUAAAUUACAGUAGGUACAAAUACAAACGAGUUUCCAUUUUGAUUCCCCCACUCUGCUGUGGAGUGUUUAACAAUACAAAAAAAAAAAAAAGGCGGCCUUAACAUUUCGCGCAGUCCCGCCUGACGUCGACAGCGCAACAUUUCAUCCGCAGAUGCCUUUUUGUUCACCUUCAUCGGAGCGGCAUAUGACAAACGGGAAAUGACAGCGCACGUAGCUGAUAAAACGUCGUAACGUAAACCUCCGAACGGUACGCGGAACAUCUCGGAAUUCCUCCUGCACGCACGCCAACAAGCAACCGGCAGAACCUGUUGACUGACACACUUGGCAAAUGCCAAUUUCGUUUGACUUGGGUGAGGUGCACGACAGUUACUAGGAAAGACGUCAGCUAAUCAGUUGUAAGUUGUUCACAUUUUCUAUAAAUGUGCAAAAUCUGCGACGUGAGAGACGAUGACUUUGACUCGCUCGGGCUUUGGAAAACAAAAACAAAAAAAGGAGUGCAAGGAAUAUUCUCCGAUUGGACGGCAAUGAAACGUCCUAAGUGGCAUCAUUUGCUAAAUCACAUUAAGUGUUAAAAAUUGGGAUGGGAUGUAUGCCCCAAAAGGCCAACAAAAUGUAUCAAGUAACCCUGAAAGUUAAAAAAAAGAUGCU